AUGUCCCAGGCCGGAGAGGGGCCGGACCGAGGCGCCCGGCCCAAGGAGAGCUCAGGCGAGGCCGGGGGCUGGCGCGGCGGACGCAGGAGAGCAAAGCUCCCGGAGACCCCGGCGGGGCAGGACUCAGAGGGGGCCGAGCCGGGCCGGCGGGUGGGGCGCUCGCUGCGGCAGAGGAUCCAGGAUGCGGUGGGCCAGUGUUUCCCCAUCAAGGGGCACGGCGGCGCCCGCUCCCCCGAAUUCUCCCCUUCCCAGCGCAAGAUCCACCUGCGGGAACUGAUGCUGGAGACCUGCCCCUUCCCGGCCGGCUCGGAGCUGGCCCGCAAGUGGAACCUCAUCAAGCAGCACACGGCGCCCGUGUCGGCCCAGGAGGGGCUGGCCUGCGGCGGGGCGGGGCCGGCAGAGGAUGAGGACGACCGGCUGCGGGAGCGACGGCGCAUCAGCAUCGAGCAGGGGGUGGAACCGCCCCCGGACGCCAUGAUCCACACCUUCGAGGCCACGGCGCAGAUCAACCCGCUCUACAAACUGGGGCCCAAGCUGGCCCCUGGCAUGAACGAACUGGCCGGGGACAACUGGGCCACCCUGGCCCCCCAGGAGGAAGAAGAGGAGGAGCUGGUGGCGGCGGUGGCGGCCCCGGAGCCGGAGCUUCGUGUCCACACCCAGAUCGACUACAUCCACUGCCUGGUGCCGGAUCUGCUGCAGCUAACCCGGCUGCCCUGCUACUGGGGGGUGAUGGAUCGCUACCAGGCCGAGGCCUUGCUGGAGGGGAAGCCGGAAGGGACCUUCCUGCUGCGGGAUUCGGCCCAGGAGGAUUAUCUCUUCUCGGUCAGUUUCCGGCGCUACGGCCGCUCGCUCCACGCCCGGGUCGAGCAGUGGAACCACAACUUCAGCUUCGACGUGCACGACCCCGGCGUCUUCCACGCCCCCACCGUCUCGGGCCUGCUGGAGCGGUACAAGGACCCCAGCGCCUGCAUGUUCUUCGAGCCCCUGCUCUCCCGCCCCGUGCGCCGGCCCUUCCCCUUCGCCCUGCAGCACCUGUGCCGGGCCGUGGUGGCCGGCUGCACCUCCUACGACGGCAUCGGCCGCCUGCCCAUCCCCGGCGCGCUCCAGGAGUACCUCAAGGAAUACCACUACAAGCAGAGGGUACGGGUGCGGCGGCUGGACACCCGCUGGAACUGA